AUCCAGGCCCCGGCUGUCGGCGGCCCGGCGCGGGAGCGCGGUCUGGGCACCGCGAACGCGCGGCAGCAGCUCCUGGCGCGGUCGUCCGCGGGCAGGAGGGGUCCUCGCGUGUGCCUUCUGCGGCGGCAGGUGUGCUGGGCAUCCCGGUCACGUGACCCGGGCGAGGCUCGCCCGGGCACACCUGUCAGGGUCUAACCCGAGGGCGGAGGUGCGGCCCGGGAGAUCUGUGCUCCUGCUGGGCGUGUAGCGCCCCCGCAAGAGACAAGAAUUGCGGGAGGGACCUCAUCUGCUCCUCUGGAUGGAGGCUACCGUGACAAUAAGAAGGGAAAGGAGAUCCUGAAAAUGGGGUGCAGAGUUGCAGGACUCCUGCGCGCCCCAGAUCGCACCUGGGAAAGACGGAGCCAGGGCCGAUGAGCUCCAAAGCCCGCCCUGUCUCUAACUGGCCGCGCCUCCUCGGAGCGCGGGGCUCGCGUCUCCUGCCAGGCCCCUAGGUGCGAGGCCUCCCCGCUGAUCUCCCCAGGAUGAGCCUGUGCGCCGCGCUUUGGGGCCCCCUGGGGCUGCUCCUGUCUCUCGCCCUGCGCCCGGCCUUGGGCACGCACACGAAGCGGGACUACUGCGUGCUGGGCGCGGGGCCCGCGGGGCUGCAGAUGGCCGCCUUCCUGCACCGCGCCGGCCGCGACUACGAGGUGUUUGAGCGCGCGCCUGCACCCGGCAGCUUCUUCACGCGCUACCCGCGGCACCGCAAGCUUAUCAGCAUCAACAAGCGGUACACGGGCAAGGACAAUGCGGAGUUCAACCUCCGCCACGACUGGAACUCGCUGCUCAGCCAUGACCCCCGGCUGCUGUUCAGACACUACUCGCAAGCCUACUUCCCCGAUGCUGGCGACAUGGUGCGCUACCUGCGCGACUUCGCGGACCGGCUGGGGCUCCGCGUGCAGUACAACACAAACAUUGUCCACGUCACGCUGGAGAAGGACCGGCGGGCCUGGAACGGCCACUACUUCAUCCUGACCAACCAGAAGGGCCAGGUGUACCAGUGCAGUGUUCUUCUUGUGGCCACUGGCCUGUCAGUCCCCAACCAGGUGGACUUCCCAGGCUCCGAGCAUGCAGAGGGUUAUGAGUCCGUGUCUGUGGACCCUGAGGACUUUGUGGGUCAGAAUGUACUGAUCCUGGGCCGAGGGAACUCGGCCUUCGAGACAGCGGAGAACAUCUUGGGUGUCACAAACUUUAUCCACAUGCUGAGCCGCUCCCGCGUGCGUCUGUCCUGGGCCACCCACUACGUUGGAGACCUCAGAGCCAUCAACAAUGGCCUGCUGGACACCUACCAGCUGAAGUCCCUGGACGGGCUCCUCGAGUCGGACCUGAGAGAUCUGGCCAUCGUGAAGGAUGCCAAGGGCAAGUUCCACAUCACCCUGAAAUUCUUCCUGGAGGAGGCCAAUGCCAGCCAGAGCGCCGACGCCAUCCCCCUCCCCCAGGAUGACAACGACAACUUUGCCAUGCGUGUGGCCUACGACCGGGUCAUCCGCUGCCUGGGCUGGAACUUCGACUUCUCCAUUUUCAACCAGUCCCUGCGACUCUCCUCUGGGAGCGAGUUCAGCAGGAAGUACCCACUGAUCAGAGCGAGCUAUGAGUCCAAAGGAAGCCGGGGUCUCUUUAUCCUGGGCACCGCCAGCCACUCGGUAGACUACCGGAAAUCGGCAGGGGGCUUCAUCCACGGCUUCCGGUACACAGUACGCGCUGUGCACCGGCUCCUGGAACGUCGCCACCAUGGCAUCGCCUGGCCCCGCACCGAGCACCCCAUCACUCAGCUGACCGACUCCAUCGUCCGGCGCGUGAACGAGGCCUCCGGGCUCUACCAGAUGUUCGGGGUGCUCGCUGACGUCAUCCUGCUGAAGGAGAAUGCCACAAGCUUUGAGUACCUGCAGGAGUUCCCCAUGCAGAUGCUGGCCCAGCUGGAGACCCUCACAGGACGGACGGCCAGGCACGGCCUCUUCGUCAUCAACAUGGAGUAUGGCAAAAACUUCUCGGGGCCUGACAAGGACGUCUUCUUCCAUGACCGGUCUGUGGGGCACACGGAAGACGCCUGGCAGUCUAACUUCCUCCACCCUGUCAUCUACUACUACAGGCACCUCCCCACCGAGCAGGAGGUGAGGUUCCGCCCAGCACACUGGCCCUUGCCGCGGCCCACAGCCAUCCACCACAUCGUGGAAGACUUCCUGACAGACUGGACGGCCCCGGUGGGGCACAUCCUCCCGCUGAGGCGCUUCCUGGAGAACUGUCUGGACACCGACCUUCGAAGUUUCUAUGCAGAAUCCUGUUUCCUGUUCGCCCUCACGCGCCAGAAGCUGCCCCCCUUUUGCCAGCAGGGCUACCUGCGAAUGCAGGGGCUCAUGAGCACCAAGAGCCUUCGGGACCACGGCGUGGAGAGCGGGCUGCUGCGGGACUAUGCCGCCAUGGGCCAGGUCCCGGAGGACAGCAGUCGGCAGCCUGGUGACCACGAACCAGUGGGUCGCCCCCUGGCCGCAGGGCAUCUGAUCCAGUCCCUUGACAGCAACAAGGAGGAGCUCUGACUGUCCUCUCCUAGGCUGCCGGCAGAGUGGCUGCGUUUCUCCCCCAGGCCCUGUUAGGCCUCCUGGGUCCUUGCAGCCUCACGCUCCCACAGAUGUGUGACUGCCGGAGAGCACGCAGGUCCUCCCUGCGGCUGCACCAAAGCAAUCUCCAGGGCAUAGAAGGGCUGGGAUGCCACAGCACAGUGGUCUUCCCUCCUGCCUUGGUCCCUGGGUGCCAGGUGGCAGGGUCAGGAAAAAGGCGUCCUCUGCCAGCUGUGCACUGCCUUCCACAGCUGUCUCGUCUCCAGCAGACCAUCACCGAACACAGACCGGCCCGUCCUGUCCCUUUCAAGGGCCCACCUGCUGCUUUUUCUUCCUGCGCAGCCCUCAGAUGGACCCAGGUCCUCCCAGCGGAGCAGUUCACAAGUGAAACCCAUCCCCAUCUUCAUAAGGGGUUUCAGCAGGAGUUUUAAAACAAGAGCUUGAUGUUCUCCGCCAUGUCACGGGCAGGUGGGAUUGUCGCCCCAGACUGCUGCUGAAGGCUUCGGCCUGGGAGGUGCUGACUGCCUCCCAGAGUCCCCAGCCACAAGUGCCUGUCCGCGUUGUCCUCUUGCCAUGCUGCCUCGCCCGUCCUGGCCCCUGCUCUCAGCAGGGUUUGCACUUAGCAGCAGAAGCAGGGGUGGGGGUGCCUGGCUUAUCUCACGGGCACAGAGGCUGGCAUGGGGCAAGCAGAUGCUCCCUGCACGCAUCAGACUUGAGCCGGCGCCUCCCUGAGCAGCAGAACGCAGGCACAGAGAGCGCCCUGUCGCCAGGGUCAUGCCCCGAGGAACCUGCCGCUCUGUGACCCUCCCGCCCCGUGCCCUCCUGCAUCCAGCCCCUGCCCAGUCAAGUCGAGUGAAGCUGCUUUUCCAGCAUCCUGUUCACCGUGUGCAGGGAAACGUUUGCAGAGGCUUUCGGGAGUGCCUAGCACUCAGCUCCUCUGCCUUGUCUCAGUCACCAGGCGCACACUGUCGCCUCUGGUGUUUCCGUCUCACUGGGGAGUAAAGCCUGGGAAAGCGUGUGUACAUGAGGCAGUCACAGUGGCUUCUCAGAGCCCAGGACCAGGGGAAUUGCUUUCUUGCUCAUUGUCACUAGUUCUUCAAGGAUCCGCUCAGAAUUCCAGCGACACUGGGCUUUCAAGAGCCCAGUCCUCUUCCAGGAAACAUCCUCUUGGCUAGAUACAGACCCGCAGCCACCUCUCCCUCUGGUCACUUCAGGGGUUCCAGCCGGCUUAUCCUGCUGCGAGGAACCGUUUGCCUCAUGACCCCACUUGCGAAAGUUUGCACAGGGCAAACAUUUCUCUAAGGGUUUCUCCUUACUUCCAGGAUGUGGCAUUCGCUGUAUUUCGUAGAGAUUAAAUGUAAACCCAGAUUGGAUGCUGUCAUCCCACCCUGCCGUUUCCAAAGCAUUUUUAAAAUGAAUCUUAAUCAGGACUCUGCCCCGAGAUACCAGAUCCUGUUCCGCACAUCUCGCCUACCCGGUUGAGGCUGGCUGAGCUGCGUGCUCCAGUGAGAUUGCGAGGCUGUAACAAGGAGUUGACAGACGCCUGAAUACGAGACAUCUGCUGCUUUUCCCUCCAUCCGCCAAGUUGUCAGUUUCAUGAAAAUAUCAGUCAGCCUUAUUUGUUUUUAAUAAGGCAGAAUUCCAUUCUUGCUCAGUUCAUUAGAGGAGUCUUCCCGGAUUUUCUUCUUAUGAAUUAGUAGUUGGUUCGAAACAAUGAAGAUCAUGGCCGCCUUUGCUGAUCCCCUAGCAAGACAAGCUCCUAGCAGCCCCCUCCCCUUUUCUUACAUGCUCUCAGGUGCCAUUGCUUUAGGGGGCGCUAUCUUUGGGUGGCUGCCACCUUCCUGCUGUGUUGGUUUCCCAUUUUUUAACUUUAUUGCCUCAUUUUCUUUUCUCAGCAAGUCUGGACUUCCUGGUAGCACCACUCAUCUUUUGCAGCUGGACCUAGUUCCUGUUAGUUACAACCUUUUUUUUUUUUUUUUUUUAAUACAGGAAGCUACUGGUACAAAAUAGGCAAGUCAGGGGAAUAAUCAGGAGGCCAGAAGGCAACUCUACUGUAAAUAAGGAGAUGAUUUUAAGAAUUACAAACCAAUAAAAAAAAUUGCACAGAA